GUCGCCAUUGCGAACUUACUUUGCAACUUAGGUCUAACUUCACUUUAUAAAUUGUUCGAUCAUCCAUCGUUCAUCAAUCAAGCGGUUAUUAUUUCUCUAUUUUACAUCUAUUUUUCAAUAUUGUGCCAAUUAUUGUUACGAUUAAGUGUUCAUCAUUGAUCAAUAGUCAGUAGAUAAGUUCUAAAUGCAAUUAAUCAGACGUUUAUGUUUGCAAACGUGCAUAUGCUUUGUUGUGAGAACCACCUUUAUCUGCUGUCAUUUCAAGCUGUAAGAGACAUUUUUUUGAUAAUGAAACAUAAGUUGUACAACAAAUGAUAAUUUAAUAAGCGGAAGACAGUACCGGGAGUCAUCCAACAGUAUCUUGCAUUUGAGUGCCGUGAUGCCAGUAGUGAUUUCAACCGGGGCAGCAUUCGGGAGAAUGUGCGGUGGUGUUUAGCCCUUGUGGCAAAGGACGCAAGAAACGAUUGAGAAUGGAGACGGUGAAGGACGAGGAGCGGCUGCGGCGGCUGCGUUUGCUGGAGGAGCGGUUGUGUGACCCUCGCUCCGCCGGCAACGUAGAUUGCCUGCUCGACACUGUGACUGCCCUGGUAUCCGACUGCGACCACCCGGCAAUACGUCGCAUGAAGAAUGUAGAGGCCUACACGAGCAGAUAUGAACAGUUUGCUUCAGAAGUAGUUGAUCUGCGUAUGAAAGCUGCUGACUUUGAUUUGAUCAAAGUAAUAGGUCGUGGUGCAUUCGGUGAAGUUCAACUAGUCAGACAUAAAUCCACACAUCAUGUUUAUGCCAUGAAACUCCUCAGUAAAGUGGAGAUGAUCAAACGGUCUGAUUCCACAUUUUUUUGGGAAGAAAGACACAUAAUGGCUCAUGCGAACUCAGAAUGGAUAUUAAAGUUGCACUUUGCUUUCCAAGAUCACAAAUAUCUAUACAUGGUGAUGGACUACAUGCCCGGUGGUGAUCUUGUUAGUCUUAUGUCCAAUUAUGAUAUACCAGAGAAGUGGGCCAAGUUCUAUACUAUGGAAAUUGUGUUAGCGUUGGAUGUUAUACAUGGAAUGGGCUUUGUGCACAGGGAUGUGAAGCCAGAUAACAUGUUAAUUGAUAAGUAUGGCCAUCUGAAACUAGCUGACUUUGGUACAUGUAUGCGUAUGGGACCUGAUGGCCUUGUGCGAGCCAGUAAUGCUGUGGGGACACCAGAUUACAUCUCACCUGAGGUUCUACAGUCUCAGAAUGGUGAAGGAGUCUAUGGCCGUGAAUGUGAUUGGUGGGCUGUGGGAAUUUUUUUAUAUGAAAUGCUGAUAGGUGAUCCACCUUUUUAUGCUGACAGUUUAGUUGGGACAUAUGGCAAAAUUAUGGAUCACCGAAACUCCCUACAGUUUCCUGACGAUGUAGAAAUUUCAAAGGAAGCUAAAUCACUCAUUCGGGGUUUAUUAACAGAUAGGGUAAAAAGACUUGGCAAGAACAGUGUGGAUGAGAUAAAGCAACACCCAUUCUUUAUUAAUGACCAAUGGAGCUUUGAUAACCUGAGGGAUUCUGUUCCUCCUGUUGUGCCGGAAUUAUCUAGUGACGAUGAUACAAGGAAUUUCGAUGAUAUUGAAAAAUCUGACGCAUUGGACGAAUCCUUUCCUGUACCUAAAGCCUUUGUGGGAAACCAUUUACCAUUUGUGGGUUUCACAUAUAAUGGGGAUUAUCAGUUAUGUGGAGGCAAGGCCAAGCAAGUUGAUGUGGUAGACACAAUCUCCAAUAAUCAUUUUAAUAAUGUUGGAUCUGAAUCUAUAUUGCAGCUAGAAAAACUCUUAGAAAGAGAAAGAGAUAUCAGGCGAAAGUUGGAAGAUAGGCAAGAGCAUUUGUGUGCUCAAGUUGAAGAAUUAGCAGAAAGAGAAUCUAGAAACAAAAAAAUAAUUACUGAAACAGACAAAGAACUGGCACUAUUAAGGCAUAAUAUAAAAGAAUUACAAAGAAAAACUGAAGUGGAAGCAGAAUCAAAGAAGAAAGCCGAAGCCAACUACCAUGAAGCGAAGCGGCGGUUGGAGGAGGAGCAAAGCAAAAGAGCUAAGGAAUUUAGUAAUUUACAAAGUUAUAAUGACAAAAUUAAUGCUCUCGAAAAACAGCUGACUGAAGUGCGUGAAAAGUUAAAACAGGAGUCUGAUGCAGCAGCAAAGUCUAGAAAACAAGCUGCCGAACAAUCAGCAGCUCAGGCCGCCGCGGCGGCGCUCAGCGACGGCACGGUCGCGAACCUGCGCGCUCAGAGAGAUAUCCUAGAGCGCGAGCGCAGCGCGCUCUCAUACGAGCUGGAAGCUGCCAAGGUAGCUAAACAGCGCGCGCUCGCACAGUCUGCUGAUGCCGUCAGCAGGUGGAACGCAGCUCAAGCUGAACUAGAGCGCGCGUCGACCAAGUUGACACAAACACUUGCAGAUAACCAGCAGCUUUCAGAGCGCUUAUCUUCACUGGAGAAAGAGUAUGCCUCUCUGGCCCACGAGCUACGGGCCGCUCAGCACAUGUACCAACAAGAAGUCCGCGCCCAUCAGGACACGCAGCGGUCGCAGAUGCUCUCGAAACAAGAAGCGAACCUCGAAAUUGUGAAAGGUGAUGUUUGUUCCCCGCCAGCGCUGCAAAGCAAGCUGAACGAAGAGAAGACGGCCCGGCAGCGCUCGGAGUCGCAGUGCCAGGAGAAAGACCGCCAGAUGUCCAUGUUGAGCGUGGACUACCGGCAGAUGCAGCAGCGGCUACAGAAACUGGAGGGAGAACACCGGCAGGAGAGUGAAAAGGUGAUCGGCUUAGCGGCGGCGUUGGAACAAGAGCGCGCCGCCCGCUUGCAAGCCAGCGGCGAGGCGGCGGCGGCUGAGGCGUCAGCGCGGGCCGCCACCGCCGAGUGCGACGCGCGAGCCAGGGACUUACAAGACGUGCGCUCCGCCUUGCACGAGGUCGAGGAGAAAUUGGCCGCAGCCAGCGCUGAGAGGGACAUGCAUUAUGCCAGGUGUGAAGAGCUCCGCAAGCAGUUCGAGAACGAGCAGCACUUCUGCCUCAUCUACCGCACUCAAGUGAACGAGCUUCAGCGCCAGGUCGAUGAGAACUCGCGGUCUACGCGCGACCUGGAGCAGGAGCGCGCUGGCCUCAUGCAUCAACUGCAGCUGGCCAUCGCCAGGGCUGACUCCGAGGCUAUUGCUAGGUCUAUAGCUGAAGAGACGGUCGCGGAGCUGGAAAAGGAGAAGACGAUGAAGGAGCUGGAGAUGCGAGACGCGCUGGCGCAGCACCGCAGCGAGCUGGCGGCGCGGGACGCCGUCGUGCAGGGCCUGCGGGACCGCGACCACGAGAACAGGGCCACUAUCGAUCUGCAGAGGAAGGAGGUAGACGAACUCCGCCGCAAUGGAACAGCGCUGGCCGAGCGCGUGGCCACCCUGCAGCGUCUCCAGGAGGAGGUGGACCGCCUCAACAAGAAGCUCAAUUCCGAGAACAUGCUCAAGCAGCAGGCCGUCAACAAGCUGGCCGAGAUCAUGAACAGGAAAGACAUGAACCCGACCAACGCCAAGGCGAAGAGCAAGAUGUCGGUGCGCAAGGACAAAGAUUACAGGAAACUGCAACAGGAGUUGACUCGGGAGAAGGAGAAGUUCGACCAACUUGUUGCCAAGCUCCAGCGGGACUUGCAGGACACGCAGCAACAGGUGGUGGAAGAGCAGCAGACCAGGCUGCGGCUGGCUAUGGAGGUCGACAGCAAAGACGUAGAAAUCGAGCAGCUCAAAGAGAAACUCGCGGCUCUUACCAGCGAGACGGCGUCCCAGUCCUCGGCCGACGCCGAGGACGGCGAAACCGAGCAAACCCUGGAGGGCUGGCUAUCUGUGCCUUUCAAACAGAAUAUUCGUCGCCAUGGAUGGAAGAAGCAAUAUGUAGUCGUAUCUUCAAAGAAGAUUAUAUUCUACAAUAGUGAAAGUGAUAAGCAGAAUACGACAGACCCUGUCAUGAUAUUGGAUUUGAGCAAAGUGUUUCACGUUCGAUCGGUGACGCAAGGCGACGUGAUCCGAGCGGACGCCAAAGACAUUCCGCGGAUCUUCCAACUUUUGUACGCCGGCGAAGGCGAGGCGCGACGCGAUGGGUGCGAAGCCGCGCCAGACCAGGACCAUCAGGGCAACACAGUCCAGCACAAGGGGCACGACCUGGUGAGCAUCACGUACCACAUGCCCACCGCGUGCGAGGUGUGCCCGCGCCCGCUGUGGCACAUGUUCCGCCCGCCGCAGGCCUACGAGUGUCGCAGGUGCCGCAUGAAGGUGCACGCGGAGCACGUGUCGGAGGAGGCGGGCGGGGGCGUGGGCGUGGCGGCGUGCAAGCUGCAGGCGGACCGCGCGCGCGAGCUGCUGCUGCUGGCGGGCGCGCCGCCCGAGCAGCGCCGCUGGGUGGCCCGCCUGGCGCGCCGCGUGCAGCGCUACGGGUACCGCGCCGCGCACACCAACCACGACCACACCAAGUUGUGCGGCAGGGACUCCAUGCGUUCAAACCUGAAAGCUGCGUACAUGAACGCGUCGCAGAGAAGCUCCACGCUGCCCGCCAACGCGUCCAUGCAGCGCCAGUGAGAACGCGCGCCUACCAACACUAGGAAUUGAAACUACCACGUUUGUACUAACAUUCCUUUCCUUGGAAAUGGCCGAUAAUGUAGAAUAAAGUGAUCAUGUUUUGAUAAACAUUUACCAAUUGUGUCAAUUAGGACGUACAGUUUAACAUUCGGUCAUUUUUAAAUAGAGCUUUUUACCCCCAUACUAAACAUAUCCGUCUCGAGUUCGCUCGUAGGUCCGUUGAUUAGUUCUUGAUAUUGUCACUUAUACAAUCAAAACACCAACUGUUAAUCGUAUACCUAAAUUUGAUGUAACAAUUAGCUAGUCUUCUAAUAAUAUUUAGGAAUUUUAUCAAAAUUAUUUACACGAUUUCAGCGUUACUGCUGUGAUAGUUAUUGAAUAAUAUUUAUGUUAAUAUUAUGUACUUAGAGAUACGGCUCAGUUUUGCAUAGGUUUUGCGAUACGCUGACGCAAUAAGCUCUGGGAGACGUUUGGAAUGCGUGAUAGCGCAAGUGUGGCUACGACGUAACACUGCUGACAGCGUUCCGAUAACGUAACAUGCUCUGCUCAUGUUUUGGGGCAAAUAUUUUUUGUGCCACUUAUUAUGUAUUGAAAAUUUAUGCUCUCUUCUUGAUUUGGAUAAUUUAUUGGAUUUGAAUUUAAAAUUUAUUCAGUUGUUUGACGAUAAGAAUUGAAUAUAAGAAAGAAUAAUCGUCGCCAUCAAAGAAAAAGUAGCGUCGUUUGAAGCAUGUUACAAUAAAUAAUGUUUCGAAUACUUGGUUAUGUAAAUAUUAGAUAUGAUAAUGUGUUGAUAUUAUGAUGUUUAUUACGCCUAUAUCUACGCGCGUUGGCUUUUUCAAAGGUUUUAUUUUAAUCUCAGUUCGUUUAGUGCUUCGGUGGUUCUUAAAAGUAGUGAAGGGCCGUUAACAGAAAGGAAGGUGGUAACCGCUGCCGGCAACAGUUACAUAAGACCAAGUUGAUUGUAUUAAGUUUGAUUGUCGGGCGGCGCAGGCGUUGUGGUAGAUUGUCGGAAUUAGUCGACGACCUUCGGCGCUUGUUCAUAUAAAUGUUUUCGCCGGUUACCUGCGUCGACACGUGCCUUUAAGCGCUGGUAGGCUGCCAGCUUUCUUUCUGUAUACCUACGGCCUAGGAUCGCAUAUCAAAGCGGUUGUAGAGUUGUUUGUGCCUUUUAUUAACGUAAAUUACAUGACAUUGUGUGUAGGAUGAAUUUGGAUUUGACUGUAGUGGUCGGUUUAACGGAAAGAGAAAAUAUUUUUUCGGUCAGGACAAAUUAUUGCAUUAUGUUUUAUUCCUUUUUAUUUUUAUACAAAGUCUAGUUUCUAUUUUUUAUAUUUUGACAGGCGUUCCAAAGCAUCGGACAUACAGGUUGAUAUUUUUUUUACUUUCGCAUUUAAUUUUAUUCGUAAACUCGUGUCUAUGUUGAUAAAUAAUUGAAUAAUGGGAUAAAUUACCUACAUGCCAAUAAUUUUCCAAAUAUCAACUAAUAUUCAAUUACCUACCUGUUAAUCAUCAACGUAUAAUUAUAUUAAACAAUAGUUAAGAACACUUCCGCCACUUAAUACUAAGUUCACCAAUAAUUAAUUGGAAAGAGAACUUUUAAUGUUAAAACGGAUAUAAGUCCACAUGGAGUGAUAUAUUGAUCCUAGAUUUACAAGUAGGACUAAAGUACACUACUGUAAAGUCCAAGCCGCAGGGAGUUAACCUAGAAUAAGUACAGUCGCUUCGCAUUUGCAAAUUAACGAAAACCGUGCCAUAACAUGUUUAGUUGAUUGUCCAGUAUAGUUGCUCAACCUUCUUGACCUGCGGGACUUUGCACUAACAUUGUCAAGCCCUAUGUCCUAUUUAACCUCUCUCUUUAUCCUAAGGGUAUUAGCAACCAUUGAGUGAGAGGGAAAAUAAGACAUUUUUCUUGUCAACGGCAGUGAAUAGACACGCAGCGCGGUACUUAAUUACAUAAGACUCACAUGGGCUUCCUCGUGACACAGGAACAAUUUAUAUUAGAAUGUAUUGAGCUUAACUAGACACCAUGUAGUAAAUUGUAACUUUUAACACCAUUUAUAAAUGCCUAAUUCUGUACAAAUUAAUAUGCUGUUUUGUAUCAUUAGAAAAUAUCACUAUUUGAUAUUCACAAACAAUUUACCAAUCAUAGAAAUAGUUUAUAUUAACUAUAUCGCAAUGUAUAUUACUGUGUAGACUCACUGAAGCAAUAAAUAAAAACAGUGUCUUAUUAAACUCAAUAAUGUGUGUUUGUAGAAAAUUGGUGCCAAAUAUAUUUUUAUUUUGGAAAAUGUACCAUGUAAAUGUGCAUUAAAAUCAUGGUUGUGUAAGUUAACACCAGUGUUAUUCGCCUUUCCUGCAUGUAGCCAUGUAUAAAGUACCAUUAUGAUCUGUUCGACGGUAACAAUAAUAUUUAGUUGUGAUCUGAAAGUACAAAUCGAGUGGACUCGCAUUAUGGUCCCGGCGCUUCGUUCGGUGUUUACAAAAAAGUAAUUUUAUUAAAGGGAUUUUCAGUUUUCUUCAAAAUCAGUUUUAUUUCGAAUUAACACAAUUAUAUUAUCGUUUCUCUUGUCGGCCAGUGAGAUUGAGAACAAUUUUUGCGCGAUUGAUCUGAUUUUUAAAAUAAGUUUGUUUUCUUCACCAGUGUUUUCAAACUUAUUCUGCAGGCAAAACCUGUCACAAAGUCGCUUAAAGUUCUAUAGGGUUAAAACGUAAGAUUUGUCUGAAAAAGCAGGGUUAAUGAUAAGUUGUGUGUAGCAGCGAGUUCUUCGCGCGGUCGCACGCAGGCGCUGUGGUGUACCUUUGGAUUAGCGAUUGUAGGAAGUUGACGCCCUGCGACCACCCGUGGUGCUAAAUGGAAGCAGGCCUCCCGACGCAACGUUGUUAUAGUGCUUCUUGUUAAAGGUUAAUGAACUGUUUAUUAUUGCUCUACUUUACUACUUUACAUUCCUGCAACGAAUGCUCUGUUGAGUUUUGUUUGUCUUAGUUUAUACUGACUCAGGUUCAUCUCUGUCGCUUUGUCCAGUUAUUGCUAUUGUAUGUUUUAUUAGUUUUAAGUAACCAAUCUCUUUCAUCUGUGUAUUGAAAAAAAUGUUAAAAUUACGUACUUAAGUUUCUGCAAUCGAUCUUUUAGUGUUACGCUUAUUUUUGAAAUGCAUUUUAAUUGUUAUGAGGGCAGCUAUCGUCGUCCGUGUUGUUUCAUUCCAUGCUGUAUCAUAUUAUACAUUGUGUUAACUUUCAGAAAUGGUUUUUGCCAAAGAAAAUUUCUAAAUCGCAAGUAAUGAUUUACGAUAAUCAUUUCAUUCAGAUUUCUUAGUCGAGUUUUUUUGAAAUGCUUAUGAUUCAGUGGACAACACUCCUGUUAUCACGAAGGUACGCGACCCAUCGUAUUAUACAUGUUUCUAAAAUUCACCCUCAAACAAAACACGUCAAACUAUUUUUCGAAAUAAUAGCGAUAAUGACGUAGGUAUCCUGUUUUAGCAAAUGUACCUCCAGAUAAAUAUAAAAUAAAACCCUUUUAUAACUGAGUUUAAUGACGGGUCGUAUACCUGGCAGCUAGAGUGUGAUCCAUUCAGCUUAAUAAUUAAUUAUACUGUUAUUUACUAUGCAUAAUGUGAAUAAACCUGAUUUUAUCAUAUGACAUUUUUCGGGAGUAUUUUUCCUCCAACCUAUAUAAAUGUUGGUUAUUCAAGAAAUACUCCCAAAUUGUCUUAUAAAUAAAUAUAAUCAUAUACAUUUAUAUGGAAUUGUCAUGAUUAUGUAAAUUAUUUAUUAUUGCUAUGUUUUACAUUCUUUCUAUUGUAAUAUUUUAUUUAUCAUGCUAAAAUUGCAAGUUCCUAACUUAGCUAGCUUCUGUGUAUACAUUACUUAGCCAAGCCGCUUCGCUGACGUAGGGAUCAUUGGUAUAACUGUUUAUAAUUAGUGAGCAAACCAUAAGCUAUAUUAAUACUGAUAAAUCUAUUUUUUCAUGUGUAGUAUAAUCUCCGCGACCUAGCGCCAUGACACGCUCGGCCGGUCCCAUUAUAAAUAAUGAUCAAAACUUUUGUGUCAUGCAAUACUAAACCACGUGCCUUAGCUACGGCCCACUCCCAUAUCACCUGGGCAGUCUAUUUUAUAUGUAUCAAUAGUUAUUAUAAUGUAAAUAUGUUUUGAAUAAACCGAUAUUUUAUGGAUUUUUUAAGGAAAUUGUAUAUUGUAAAGAUUUUAAUUAAUUUUAUCAUAAAAUUAAUGCCUAGCUAAUAAGUGCUACAUUCAUGGAAAAUAAAUAACAUUACAACAAAGAUAUUGUU